UUAAGAUAUUUUCCUUGUGAACUUAUAAUUUUAAAGUAAGGUUUAUUUUACUAUCACAAUAUACAUUCCUACGUCUGCUAUACGUGUUUGCUAGUUUAUUGUCCGAGCAGCAAAUCUUGCGCAUGCUCAGUUUUAAGGAGGUCUUGAGUGACUUAUCUUGUUGAGAUAACUCCAACAGAGAGCUGUCAGUUUGCAGUCAAAACUGUCUGGAAACGGGGCAGCAGUGCAGGAGGAGCUGAAGCUUUCAUGUUGAGGGACUUUUCCCAGAGUUUUUGUGGUGUUAGACAGACACAUUAGCUUUGGUAAAAGGAUGAAGCUUAGUGGAGUUUGUGUGUUCCUGGUUCUGCUUGUGGGGGCCUGGGGUGACACACCAGCCAACUGCACCUAUGAGGACCUGCUGGGAACCUGGGUGUUCCAGGUGUCCAAGGGGGGACACGACCAGUCCGUCAACUGCUCUGUUGAAGCUACAAGUGAGAGCUCAGUGACUGUGACCCUGGAGAAACUGUCUGUAGCCACAGAUGAGCUGGGGAACACCGGCUUCUUCACCCUCAUCUACAACCAGGGCUUUGAGGUGGUUCUUGGAGGCUACAAGUGGUUUGCCUUCUUCAAGUACUCCCAGAAAGGCUCUGAAGUGACCAGCUACUGUGACCAGACCCUGCCAGGGUGGGUGCAUGAUGUCCUGGGACGCAACUGGGGCUGUUUUGUGGGGAAGAAGGUGAAGUCAGUGCCACGCCGGACAGACUACAAGCCCAUCCCGAACAUCAGGCUGCUCCAGAAGCCGUACAAACUCAACCAGGACUUCAUCCAGUUAAUCAACUCUGUGCAAAACUCCUGGAGGGCCGCGCCCCACCCGGAGCACGAGACCUACACCUUACAGGAGCUGCACUACAGAGCGGGGGGGCCCGCCUCUCGAGUCCCUGUGCGUGUCCGCCCUGCGCCCGUGACUGCCGACUUGGCCAAGGUGGCUGCAGCUCUGCCUGAGAGCUGGGACUGGAGAAACGUUGGUGGUGUGAACUUUGUUAGCCCUGUGAGAAACCAAGCGUCAUGCGGCAGCUGCUACUCCUUUGCCACCAUGGGAAUGCUGGAGGCACGUGUUCGAAUCCUGACUAACAACAGCCAGACUCCCGUUUUCAGUCCUCAACAAGUGGUGUCCUGCUCCGAAUACUCCCAAGGUUGUGAUGGAGGGUUCCCAUACCUGAUUGGGAAGUAUUCUCAGGAUUUCGGCAUCGUGGAGGAGUCCUGCUUUCCAUAUACUGCCAAAGAUUCUCCGUGCGGUGUUCCUCAAAACUGUGGCCGGUUGUACACGGCGGACUACAAGUAUGUGGGUGGAUUUUACGGCGGCUGCAGUGAGAUGGCCAUGAUGAAAGAGCUGGUCCACCAUGGACCCAUGGCGGUCGCCUUCGAGGUCUACCCUGACUUCAUGCACUAUUCCGGGGGCAUCUACCACCACACGGGCCUCGCAGACCCCUUCAAUCCAUUCGAGCUGACCAACCAUGCUGUGCUGUUGGUGGGCUACGGCCACUGCCACAAGACUGGGCAGAAGUACUGGAUUGUCAAGAACAGCUGGGGAACCAGCUGGGGAGAGGACGGCUUCUUCCGCAUCCGCAGAGGGAGUGACGAGUGCUCCAUCGAGAGCAUCGCUGUAGCAGCCACACCCAUCCCCAAACUCUAGAAGCAAAAAAAAUAAUCAUGUGCUGCUUGAGGGUUUUUAGAAUCAGGUCGAUUGCUUUUCUUGCUCAUCCUUCAAAGGGAGUAAAAACGAACAUAAAAGGGUCAGAUCUCACAUUUUAUGUUCAUCCAAAUUUUUUAAAUCAGGAGUUUUAUUUUAAUUUUCUUACUGUUUGUUUUCACAUGCUGAAUGUAAAAAAAUGCAUACAUAGAAACUGGUAAACAAAAACUAAAAGUUUACGUGACGUAAAAGGGAAUCCAGUCAUUUAGACUUCCAACGAUCCGAUCUUUCUCUGGAUUAGCUUCUAAAGUGGAGCCUUCAUCACCGUCUUUGGUUUGAUGUUUGCUGAUUACACCAAUCACUUGUGUGUCGAAUCAAGCUGUAACUGCCUGUGCCAACUUAAAUCCGAGCAGAUUGGAACAAGCUUCAACACUUGAAGGGAACUGAAGAGUCUGUGUUUGAUUGUCAUUGAACAAAUUAGACCCUUUUUUCUUUCUCAGGAAGGCAAAGAGGAGAAUUUGCUCCUGCUGCCUGUGAUGACAUCACGGCUGCCACAAUUGUCUGGUUCUCAGGAGAAUUCAUGCAGGAUAUCUACUGGGAUGAGAUGAUUUUGUUUUUAAUUUCUCAUCGUUUUUUAAAGUUUGAUGUAAUAAAAAUGAUUAAACUGUG